ACCCAGCUUAGUGGCAAAAGUGUUGUGUGUAGGCCUACUGGGAUUCUCGUACCAACUUAAGAGCAGUUGAAUACAUGCAUGGACGGAAAACCGACAUCCUUGUACAACUUGUACUUUCAGGCCUGCGUUGUACACAUGGAAUAUCUGUAAUCUAUUGGAAGUAUGGUCAGCGUUCUGAAUAGCGUAAAGAACAACAAUGUGCGCAUCCUUCAGAUGUUACUCGCCGUGCCCGGCACAGUGCAGCCGCAGGAUGUUAGGGGCGCUCUGUUCCAGGCCUGUCGUGACGGUUCUGCCGAGUGUUUGCAGUGUCUGCUGGCUGCCAAGACCGAUCCUGACGUCAAAGAUCCCAGCGGAAACUCGCCGCUCCACCUGGCGGUAGAGUCUGGUUGUAUUGACACGCUGAAUGUCCUGUUAGAGGCCGGAUGUGACACCGAAUGCCGAGGGUCUGGGGGACGCACCCCUCUCCAUCUCUCCGCAUGGCUGGGGACAGACGACUGUUUAGACUGUCUUGCACGCCACGGAGCAAAGGUGAACUGUACUGACUCAGAAGGUAGUACUCCUCUGAUAACAGCAGUAAAACAUGGUAAUUACGGGGCGGCUCAGGCUUUACUGAGGCUCAAAUGUGACGUAAAUGCCACAGAUGACGGAGGCCUCUCUGCCUUACAUUAUGGUUGCCACAAGGCGCGGUGCGUAGAGAGCUUAUUGUCAUCUGGCGCGGACCCUAACAUUGUCGACAAGGACGGAAACACAGCAGCCAUGUUGGCCGCUGCCGAGGGAUUUUCAGGAGUUAUUACAGCUCUAAUUAAAGCCAACUAUGAUGUAAAUAUACAAAACUUCUUCACUGGGCGGACCGUUUUCCACACUGUAGCCAUGAAAGGUCACAAGGAAUGUAUCAAGGAGUUAGUUUUGGCAGGAGCUGAUAUUAAUAUGUGUGAUAAGGACUUUAAAACACCUUUGUGGUACGCAAUCAACUGCGCUCGCUUUGAUGUGGUCAAGUUUUUAUUCAGAGCUAACAGUGAUGUUGACAAAUUCCAGUGUCCUUUAGGAAUACCAAUGGAGGCAUGUCCACUUCAUCUCGCACUAGCACGCGAGGACUUAAAGGUGAUCCGGUUGUUUAUACUGACAGGAUACGACAGUGCGCAUGUCAGACAAUCAGUAGAAAGAGAAGAGAUCAAGAGUUUGCUGACGAGCGAAGACCUUUCUCACUGGAUCGACCAUGCCCGUGGCCCCCUAACGCUAAAACAGGUUUGCAGAAUGUGGAUACGUCACCAUCAAGGCAGACUUCUCUUUCACGAUUUGCGGUUACUCCCUCUACCAGAACCAAUGAAGGAAUUCAUUAGCUUAACAGAGAUAGAUGAAGAACAUUGAAUGUUACACACGUUGAGCUCUUUUGGCGAUCUGUUUGUUUUUAUUUAUUUUGAAAAUAUAUGCAUGUCUUGAAGGACACGUUUUGCUUGAAGAAGUA